AUUCGAACCAACAACCUUUGCGUCAGAUCUAAGAUAAUAUAAAAUCACCGAAAAACAACUCAUUAUUUACUCCAAUAGCCCAAAAAUAGAACAAAACAACACAACACAACACAAAACAAGAGAAAUUAGAUAUAACUAUAUUCAGAGUAGAAUUUUUUUUUUGAAACAUACAGAUUUAUUUUGGAGAUUUCAAGGGGGUAAUGGUGAUAGAAAAGGAUUGAUAUUGUUAUUAAUAGAAUUGGAGUUGUAUUGGAUCGGAUCGGGUCGGAUCGGAUGGAUAAGAAUAAAGGCCGAACCGAUCUGCUUGCUGCCGGUCGUAAAAAGCUUCAGCAAUUCAGACAGAAGAAAGACGGGAAAGGUGGUAAAUCAAGUAAAGCCAGUAAAUCUGCUGGUGAUGCUACUCCAGAUCUUGUCGAUGUGACGGCAAAAUCAAACCAAGUUCCUGAUGGAGAAAAACCACUUCACAUAGGUGGUGGUGCUCCUACUUCCUCGGAGUCGCUUACCAAAAAGGAUCUUCCCACAAAAAAUGCUGAAGCUCCUACUCUUGAUGAGUCAAUCAAUGUUGACAUAGUUAAAACAACACCAACCAGUGGUAAGCUGGUAAAAGAGGAUGCUGGGGAACUUGAAGCUGCGUUGAAUUCAGAUUCAGGUGAUCGGGGUGUUGUUGAUUCAUCUUCAAUUUCUGAGCAUGCUAAUGCCAAAAUGGUAAACGAGGAUGUAAAAGAGGGUCAUUUGGAAGCUCCAGGAAUUAUUGCUUCUGACAUGUCCACUAAAAGUUCUGCAACAGAUGUGCCUGUUGAAUUCUCAUCUUAUUCCAGUGCUGAUGAAGCAGGUUCUCACCAAGUAGAAAUGGAAAGGCUGCAUGCGCAGGAGCAGGUAACAGAUUCUCAUUGUUGCUGGGUAGGGACAAUGCAGGAAUCACAUGGUUCAGGUUCGAAGAAAGGUGAUUCAAGCACUGAGGUAGAGAUUGAAGGAGACAAGAAGCUUCCUUUAAACGAACCAAGUGAGAAUUCUAUUAGCCAGACAGCCACUCUAGUGGGAGAUGAGGGCAAGGAGGAGACAAAAGCUGAAUACAUUCAACUCAGCGAGCCAAAUAAUGUUCCAACAACUGUUUUGACAACUCAGAACGCUAAAAUAGCAGAGGACAGAGGUCAUCAGAUGGAAGAUGCGGUUUCUAGUUCAUGCAAGGAAGAAAAACUAGAAAUGACUUCAGCUUCUGGUGAAUAUGAAAAUCACAAGGAUGAGGUUCAAAUUUCUGACUCCAGAGAUAUUGUUUCUGAGAAUUCUGUGGAGAACAAAAUGGUGAAUAUCUCAUCUGGAUCAGAUGCAAGUUAUAUUAGCUUGUGUCAGCUGGCGGAGGUGGUACGAGACCUCGAUGAAGAUGACUUUAGGUUCUUGUUCAUGUGCAGAGACUCAGCUCCAAAUGUACCUUCUUUGAAACUUUUUGACGCUUUUGAGAAGCUCAAAGAACAACUAUACCUAGCAAGUCUUGUAAAAGAUGUAUCUUGUUUGCAGCUAGCUGAAGAGUCAGAACUUCAAAUGAAACUCAGUUGUCAACAUCAGAAGUUGACUGAUCAAAUAUCUGAGGCCAAAGCUUCAUCAACUGAACUUGGAGAGAAGAAUGAUAUCCUUGCUGAUCAGCUUGCACAAUCGAGAUCUGAAUUUCAAUUGAUUGUAUCUGAAAGGGAUGACUUCCAAAAGCAGCUUCACAUUUCUAAAGGUGAGGUUGGAGAACUUUCUGAAAGAAUAAAUGAGUUGCAGACUAAAUUGGAGACGUCACUUGGUGAAAAUGCAAGUCUGUCUUCAGAGAUGUUUGACUACCGGAAUUUGGUGGCUACUUUACAGGUUCGAAAUGAGAGCUUAAUAGGAAGCCUUAAUUUGUUGUCUGAAGAAAAUAAGAAGCUUUUGGAGGAGAAGGAGAAUCUUGUUCUUGAGAAGGAGAAUCUUUUUCUUGAGAAUGAGAAAUUGGGAACAGAUCUAGCGCAGUCUAAAGCUUUGUUCGGAUCAUUGCAGUUGGAUAAUGAAAAGUUAUCGCAGAAUUUCACUUCUUUGAGAGAGGAGAAAAUGAAACUUCAUGGAGAGAAGGAACACCUUAUCAGUGAGAAUGAGAAACUGAUUGCUCAAUUGUUGGACUACAAAAAUGUUGUGGAAACUCUUCAGGUUGAGAACAAGAACAUAAACGAGAGUUUGAUAUCUGUAACAGAAGCAAAGAAACAGCUUCAGGAGGAAAAAAAGUCUGUGGUCGGUGAAACUGAGAAACUAGGAUUGGAGUUUAAGGAGUCGAAGUCUCUAAUUGAAGCUCUGCAGAUGGAAGUGGCCGAAGCAAAGGGGCAUUUGACUUUGGUGAUGGAAGAGAGAGACGAGCUCGAGGAGCAGAAGAAGUAUCUUCUCUCUGAGACUGAGAAACAGUCAUUUCAGUUGGCAAAAUAUGAGAACUCGUGCAAUAAGGUGGAUGAUGACCUGAAAGACGCAUCUCUGCGUAUUGAACAUCUAACCAAGGAGAACAUGCAUCUGAAGAGAAGCUUGGAGUUGUCUGAAACGAUGAAAACAGAGUCACCUAACCAAAGUAGCUUUGCAUAUCAGUCUGAGGAAGAAGCUGGGCAUCAACUUGAAGGUUCUUGCCACUCUAGCUUUGCACCAGCAAAUCUAAUUGAUGAUGAUGGUUCAAAUUGGUUUGGAGUUAUGAAAAGACACGUGGAGGAGGCAGAGAGAGUACUUGAAAAGCUUGAGAAAGCAGUUGAAGAUAUGCACUCUAGAUCAGCUUCUAUGAGUAGGUCGUCUGGUAAAGCGGUUUCACCUGGUGUGUCAAAACUUAUUCAAGCUUUUGAGACAAAGGACCAUGAUGACGAGCACCAACCAGAUGAGUUCCAGUCAUCUGAAAAUCAAACAGAUGCAGGUCUUGUGCAGAUUCAAGGGCAAACAAAAACAUUAAGGGCGUUGCUGAAAGAUUUGGUGUUGGGAGCUGGCAACGGCUACCAAUUUCUUGAAGGAGAGAAGAGUAGUAAAACAGCCACUGAGGUUGCUGCUGAAGAACUGAGGGCCAAAUGUGAGUUUCUGAAUGAACACAUUGAUCUUUUGGAAGGAGCAAACAUUGAGUUAAUGGUUUUCAAUGAAAGCUUAGGGGGAUGUUUCUGGAAUGCCAAAGAAAGGGAGGAAGAAUUUAUGGUCCAAAAUGAAGCUUUGCACAAGCAAGAAGUCGCUACAAAAGCUGAGAACAGUAAGUUAAGGGAGAAUCUUAGUAGCUUUCAGGAGAAACUCUCUAUUUUGCAGAACCAGCUGGGUGAAAUGCGUGAAAGCAGCAAAGAAGUGGGAUCUUGCAUCUCUAAUCAGGUAGAAGCUUUUUACAAGGAAGUUGCUGACAGAGUAUCAAUACUUCAAGAAGAGUGGAACUCUAUAAUUGAUCAGGUUUUUCAGACACUUAUAAGGUUAGAUUUGUCUGUUGAGGCCGUUGGCUCCUCUUCGCCAUCAAGUGUAGACCAUGAUCUAGGGUGCAUAAACUUAAGUAGCCGUACUGCUGCAUCUGUUGAUGCUGCUAUCAAUGUGCUUGAGGCAUUGCAGGGUCAAGUUGAAGCUGCUCGCCAUGAGUCAAUGUUGAGUAACGGAGUCAACGAGAAGUUAGACUUCUUACAAGUUGAAAAUCAAAAGUCUUUCGGUCUUUUGCAUAAGAUUUAUGGUAACCUCAAGAAACUUGUGAAUGGAAUGCCAGGGCAUCUACAAGUAGCUGAAGUUGAUGAUCCUGAGAAAUCUGUAGAUCUAUCUCAUCCUGGUGCUUUUGAUUCCCUACUGGAGCAGUUGCAAAGUUUUCUUGAUGAGAAAACACAAGUUGAGUCUGUUAAUGAAAAGCUGAAAUCUGAGUUGAUGGCCAGGACAACAGAGUUUGAAGAACUGAGCAAAAGAUCCCUUGGAUCAGAUUCUAUUUUAAAGAUGGUUCAAGCGGUUGAAGGAGUCAUUUCUCUAGAUAGCUUUGAAAUCAACAUUAAUGAGCCAGUAUCAUGUCUAGAGUCCCUGACCUUUCUCCUUGUUCAGAAGUAUAAAGAGGCAACUGAAGAUGUGAAGUUGUCCAGGGAAGAAUAUGCUUCCAAGGAAGCACAAGUAAUUGAUUUGCAAGGACAAAUGGAUCACUUGAGCUUAUUACUUGUUCAAUGUGAAAAUGAAGUUGUAGUCCUUAAGGAAAGUUUGAAGGGAGCUGAGGAGGAUCUUGUAACUAUUAGUUAUCAAUAUCAGGAGAAAGUUGCUGAAUUUGAACUGUCUGAGCAACGGGUGUCAGCUUUAAGAGAGAAGCUUGGCAUAGCAGUCACCAAGGGCAAAGGUCUGAUUGUGCAGCGUGACAGUCUUAAACAGUCUCUUGCAGACACAUCCUCUGAACUGCAGAAAUGCUCUGAGGAGUUGCAGUUGAAAGAUGCAAGGCUUCAGGAAGUUGAAAUGAAACUCAAGACCUAUUCAGAGGCAGGUGAGCGCAUGGAAGCUUUGGAAUCUGAGCUCUCGUACAUUCGCAAUUCUGCCACUGCAUUAAGGGAAUCAUUCCUUCUCAAAGACUCUGUUCUUCAGAAAAUAGAGGAGAUUGUAGAAGAUUUGGAGCUUCCAGAUCAUUUCCAUUCAAAGGAUAUCAUCGAUAAAGUUGAUUGGUUGGCGAAGUCGGUUGCUGGGAACUCUUUACCUCUGACUGAUUGGGAUCACAAGACCUCUGUUGGAGGAUCAUACUCUGAUGCAGGAUAUGCACUUGCCGAUGAUGGAUGGAAAGAGGCGUCACAGCCAAACUUGGGUUCUUCCGAAGACCUUAGAAGAAGAUUUGAGGAGCUCCAGGGCAAGUUUUAUGGGUUGGCAGAACAAAAUGAGAUGCUUGAACAAUCCUUGAUGGAAAGAAACAACCUUGUUCAGAAGUGGGAAGAGAUGUUAGAUAGGAUAGACAUGCCUUCACACUUAAGAUCUUUGGAGCCAGAAGAUCGGAUUGGUUGGUUAGUGCUUGCUGUUUCAGAAGCUCAAAACCAGUACGACUCUCUCCAACAAAAGUAUGAUAAUUUUGAAUCAUUAUUUGCAUCAACAAAUGCUGAACUUGAAGUGUCACACAGAAAAAUAUCCGAGCUUGAAAAUGCGUAUCAAUUGGUUGUCAGUGAGAAAGAGUUGCUUUUGAAGAGCGUGGAGUCUUUGAAAUUUGAUUAUGAGGAAAUGUCAAGGAAGGCUGCCCAAUCUGAAAUUAGUAAUGAUGACUUGCAGAACAGAGUAGGUGACUUGCUGAAGAAACUGAACGAAACAAAUGCUGAACUUGAAAAGUCACACAGAAAAAUAUCUGAGCUUGAAAAUGCGUAUCAAUUGGUUAUCAGUGAGAAAGAGUUGCUUUUGAAGAGUGUGGAGUCUCUGAACUUUGAUUAUGAGGAAAUGUCAAGGAAGGCUGCCCAAUCUGAAAUUAGUAAUGAUGACUUGCAGAGCAGAGUAGGUGACUUGCAGAAGAAACUGAACGAAAUGCUUGGAGCAGAGGAACGUAUUCAUCAUCUUGAAGGUGAAAUAAGAAGAUUGGAAGAUAUGGUCAAAGAUUUCCUUAGGACUUCUCAAACAGAUGAUGUGUUAUUUAGCACUGGUAGCUCUGAAUCUUUGGAGCAGCUAAUUAGGAAGCUUAUAGAUAAGUAUACCACACUUUCUUUGGGGAAACCUUCCGAGUCUGAUGCAACUCUUGAGCAUGUUGAUAAAGGGUUUGAUAUCUCUCAUGAAGAAAAGAGAGAAAGUAAUGUCAGUUGUGAUGAGAAUGCAGAUGGAGGUGCUCUCAGCAGAAAAUUGGAGGAUGCUCUAAGCGACUUGUUGUCAUUGAAGGAGGAGAAGGAGAAUAUUGCGUCGAAUAAUCAAUCAUUGGUUCGUGAACUUGAAGAAUUGGGUAUCAAAAAUAAAGAACUGCAAGAUCGACUUAGUCAGGAGGAACAAAAGUCAUGUUCUUUAAGAGAAAAAUUGAAUGUUGCAGUUAGGAAAGGCAAAUCGUUGGUGCAGCAUCGGGACAGCCUGAAGCAAUUAAUUGAAGAGCUGAAUGGUGAAGUUGAGCGCUUGAAGGCUGAGAUCAGAUUGCAGGAAAAUGCUAUUUCAGAUCACGAACAAAGGAUAAAAGAUUUAUCUGUAUACCCUGAGAAGAUUAAGACCAUAGAAUCUGAGAGUUCAAUCCUGAGAGAUCAAUUGGCAGAAAAAGACUAUACCCUGAGCAUGAUUUUGAGUACCCUGGAAGAAAUUAAUGUUGGCUCUAACAUCGGUAAUCCAGUCGAGAAGCUAAAAGGAGUUGGCCAAUUAUGCCAUGAUCUGCAAUCAGCUCUUACAUCUUCUGAACAUGAUGCAAGGAAAUCUAAAAGAGCAGCUGAGCUGCUUCUCGCAGAGUUAAAUGAGGUGCAAGAAAGAAACGAUGGCCUCCAAGAGGAGCUAGCAAAGUCUUUGAGUGAACUCUCUGGACUGUCCAAGCAAAAAGAAUCUGCUGAAGUUGCUAAACAUGAAGCUCUUGCACAUCUAGAAAAGAUAUCUUCCACUCACUCAGAAGAAAGAAAGAACCAAUUAGCUGAAAUCACGAUGCUAAAAUCUAGUGUGGAUCAGCUAAGGGAGGAUCUCUUUGUUGUUGACCGUUUGCUCAAUGAUGUUUUAUCCAUGGAUUUGGAGACUAUGCGCCAUCUUGGUUCUAGUAUGAAAGUUUGCCUAGAACAAACUGAUCAAAAUCACUUUCCUCUACGUGUGGCUGAUUCAAGUGGCCUUACCUUUGCGGUACCAGAAAGCAAGGUUUUUAAUAAAGAAAUUGAUUCUAUCAACCAAAAGUUAAACAGGCACUCCCAUUUAUUGCAUGAAGAAGCUGCUCGUAUAACUGAGAUAUUAAGAACUAUACAUGAAGAGAUAUCCUACCACAAGCAGCACUCAAAUUCGUUGAAGACAGAUGUGAUGCGGUUAGAAUCUAUUCAAAAGGAGAAAGAUGCAGAGUUGCUUAUGGUGCAAAGAUGUAAUGCUAUGCUUUAUGAAGCUUGCACCACUUUGGUCUUGGAAAUUGAAAGCAGAAAAUCCCAAUUGGUUGGAAAUAGCGUAGCUUCUGGAGCUUCCAGAAUCAAUUCUGUGUAUCAAAGUUUAGUUGAAGGAAAUGAUUUAGCUGAGAAGCCUGACCGGUUUUCUGAGGAAGGUAUUAGGUCAGUGAUAGAGAGAUUAUUCAUGGCUGUGAAAGAUAUUAUGAGUGUGCAAAGUGAUAUUGCUGAAUUUGGUCAAAAGGAUAUGAAAGCUGCUAUAUCGAAUCUGCAGAAAGAACUUCAGGAGAAAGAUAUUCAGAGAGAGAAAAUAUGUGCAGAACUUGUUAGUCAGAUUAAGGAAGCUGAAUCUAUUUCAAAGAGUUAUUCAGAAGAGCUUCAGAUAGCAAAAGCUCAGAUGGAUGAUUUACAUAGGAAAGUGAAACUGAUGGAGGAGGAACGAGAUUCUCUGGCACACAGGAUAAAAGAACUGCAAGAUCUGGAAUCCAACUUUGCCGACAUACAGUUAAGAGUUAAAUCACUUGAAGACAUGCUAGCUGCAAAGGAACAAGAAAACGAGGCACUGAUGCAAGCACUUGAUGAGGAGGAGGCUCAAAUGGAAGACAUGACAAACAAGAUUGAGGAAAUGGAGAGAGUCCUCCUUCAAAAAAAUAAAGAUAUGGAUAACCUUGAAGUUUCCCGUGGGAAGACUAUGAAGAAGCUUUCUGUUACAGUAAGCAAAUUUGAUGAACUUCAUCAGCUAUCUGAAAGCCUUCUGUCCGAGGUUGAGAAUCUUCAGUCACAAUUACAAGAGCGAGAUACAGAGAUUUCUUUCUUGAGGCAAGAAGUUACAAGAUGUACUAAUGAUGCAAUAGCUUCUGCUCAGAUGAGUAGCAAAAGAAAUACUGAUGAAGUCCAUGACUUUUUGACAUGGGUAGAUAAGUUGAUUUCCCGAGUCCAGGCUCAUGAUAUGAAUUAUGACGAUGCAAAAGUUAACCAGAUUCAUGAAUAUAAGGAAAUGUUAGAGAAACAGCUCGUGUCUGUGAUAUCUGAGCUGGAGGAUCUGCGUGCACUGGCACGGACAAGAGAUUCAAUGUUGAGAGUAGAGAAAGAUAAAGUGGAACAGCUGGUGAGGAAAGAAGAAUUUCUUGAGAACUCUUUGCGUGAUAAGGAAUCUCAAUUAACCAUGUUUCGAGGUGCUAGUGACAUGGGGCAACUAGCAAAUUCUACGUCGGAGAUUAUAGAGAUAGAGCCAGUGGCCAACAAAAGGGUAGUGCCUGGAACUGUUGCAUCUCAAGUUCGCAGUUUGCGAAAAACUAAUAAUGACCAAGUAGCUGUUGCUAUAGAUGUGGAUCCUGAUAGUGGAAAACUAGAUGAUGAAGAUGACGAUAAGGCUCAUGGUUUCAAGUCAAUGACGACAUCAAGGAUUGUCCCACGGUUUACAAGACCCAUAACUGACAUGAUAGAUGGUCUAUGGGUAACCUGUGAUCGGACACUAAUGAGACAGCCUGUUUUACGGCUUAGUGUGAUCAUCUAUUGGGCUCUGUUGCAUGCUCUUCUUGCGACAUUUGUAGUAUGAGAAGAAUAGGUCCGUUGUUUGAUUUUCUCACUGUGAUUAGUUGUGGAGUUACGGGCAAGAUAGUGCACUGCUGUCUUCACAAUUUUCUGUAAAUCAUCCAAGUUAGUUUUGACUAGAUGGUGGUUGAUCACUUCAUUAUUUUGCUCAACCAGGAAUUUGUGAUUUCUUCUGUUUUUAUGUGAAUCACGUUCUUGGUUGUAUUCAUAUAGGCAAUCCAUAGUACUGUAAUCCAAAUAAGAGAUUUCAUAGCAGUAGGUGCACAUUGGAUGGGAAGUUAGUUUAGUGAUAUCACAGUCAAAGAUGUGUAAAUUUUUUAUUAGUACCCAUUGGCUACAGAUUAUCUUAAUAAGAAAUGUGUAGGUGGUUCUUGUACUACCACAUUGCUUUUUGUCUAUUAAUUUUGGGGUCUAGGUACAGCCACAUUUUGGAGGGGACUAUAUUAUGAUGAAAUAGGAAGUUAUGGUAAAUGUACGUUUUUUCUCU